AUUUUGUGAGCAUAGUGAGGUACCUAAAUAUCAUCAGUACCAUUGGAGGUGAUGGUGAAAACAGUGGCAAUCUAUUAGAGCUUCUUGACCCCAAAUAUCUUGAGUUACCCUAUCAACUUUUUAACUCUUUAAAGUACUGCUAUGAACUGUGAGGAAGCUAAAUGAUAUUCCGGGUCAGCAUCUUAGUUGUUGCUUCACUUGCUGCUUUCGCUGUUUCUCCACUCAAUACCAAGCAGCGGUUAAAGAAGCAACAUUCUAUGCUUUCAGGAAAAGGUUGCUCAAGCACUCAAGAAACGGAGGAAUUGGGAGGAGAAAAGUUUGGAGAUGAUAUUUCAUUCUUGCAGGAAGAGGACAUGCAAAAUGAGGAGGGGACUGAAGUGGUUAACACAAAGAAUUUGAACCCAAAUACAGAAAUAGAGCAUUCACAGAAUCCCAUUAAUGAGUUGGAGAGCAGGAGAUUGACCCUUGAAAGGAAACUGCUUGAGUUGCAUAGUCUAAAAGAGAAGUUGUCAUGCAUUGCUUAUUUGCAGAAGGAUUUAACUGGCAAAACUGCAGAAAUUGGCAAGCUCAAUUUCACAAUUGCUGCACUUAAGGCUGAGAUAAAGGAUCUUCAAGAAAUUAUAAGGCAGGGUAACAUGGAAGUGAAGCAGCUAGACAUGGCAAAGCAGUUGAUAGAGGAAUUGCAGAGGAAAAAUGGCAAUGGUAGCCAGAUAAAGGGGCAGAUAAUUUUGCUUGAAGAGCAAUUAUCCGGAUUUACAGCCAUUGAAACCUCUACUGGAGAUGCUUUGGUUAAGAACAGGCUUGAAGAUAUUAAAAAUAUUGAAUUAAAAGUUAUUAAAAAGAGGAGGAGAAACAAAGAACUUGAGCUUGAAAAGAGGGAAAUUUUUGUCAAGUUAUAUGCUGCUCAUGCUAAACUAUCUGCACUUUCUGACAUGACACAGAAUAAGACUAUUGGCAAGAUUAGUGAACUGAGGCAGGCCAAUGGGGACCUUGCAAACAAAGUUAACAUACUGCAGAAGAGUAGAUUUGACAUGGUUGAGGAACUAGUGUACCAACGUUGGCUUAAUGUUUGCUUGAGGGCUGAAAUCAAAGAAUAUCAAACAUCAUCAAGAAAGACCUCGGAAAAGGAAGUUCAGAAGGCUUCAGACCAGAAAACUAGCAAGAUAAUUACACAAUACCCCGACACGAACAGCACUUGGUCAUAUACCUCAUCGACUGAUAGUGAAGAGAUAGAUAGUAGCACCAUUGAUAGCUCUUCAAGUAGCCAGAGGAGCAUUAGCAAGAAUUCUAGCACAUGUUGGAGAAGCAUGGAUGACGGUUCUAGUGUUGUUUCAUCACCAAACAAGUCCUCCACUGGAAGUCCUGCGGACAGAACUGGCAUCAUACGCAGGUUUUCUACUUCAAUGUUGCCUUCAAAGGAACUUACUGAAACUAUGGAAAUGCCAAAUCUUACAAAAGUAAGGCGAGUUUCAUUCAAUGCUGAUGUGGAAGCAGUUUCAUCAGUAAAGAUAGUUUUGACAAAAUCAGUAGAAGGGUUAUUGGAUGAGAAGGGAAUUGUUUCUUUAGUCCCCGAGGAUAGAUCGAGUGUGAAGAAGGGCGUAGUAGAGUCUCAAUCUGCAUUGGCUGGAGAGAAACAUGAAUUCCCAUUGUCUGAGGCUUCACUGGUAGAGCCAGACCAGUCAAGUGGUUCAAAUAGGAGAUCCAUUGACGAGAAUGAACGUGAUGCCCGAGAAGUUAGCUGGAUAGAAAAUGCUCAACCAGAUGGAGAGCUGCAUCCAAGCAUUUCCAAUGUCAUUCAUAAGGAAAAUAAGAUGGAAUCUCUCAUAAACCCUCGUAUAUUUGCUUUUCUACUUUUUGUACUUGUUUUACUUCUAUGCUUCUUACUUCUUUCUGCAAUGAUAUACUAAUCUUGACAUAUUAAUGAAGCAGAAGGCAGCAAAUACUUCUAUCUGCUGAUAACUUUCUCAAA